GUGUGUGUGUGUGUGUGUGGGUGCGCAUGCGUUUGCCUGUGUGUGUGUUUCGAGUUUUGCCAAAACUCGUUUGGCAGGAGCAAUGAGAUGGAUCAGUUAGUUUUCGGCACUCAAAGCAAACAGAACGAAAGCACGGAUAUUUGAAAAUCGAGCGAGUGGAUAGAGAAAGAGAAGACGCAGCAGAGAAACGAAUAAAGUGCAGCCUCAGCAUGAGUGCAGAAAGAAGCGAAGAGACAACAACAGAAACAAUAAUAAAGAUUAAGAAAAUGCCGACAACGACAACGGAAUUCGCGAAUAAGACGCUGCAGGAUUACGAGGUGUUGGCGGUGAUGGGUAACGGUGCAUUUGGCACCUGUUACAAGGUCAAGGACAAGCUGACGGGGGAACUGUACGCCUGGAAGGGCAUGAACUAUGAUGAGUUGGACGACGAGAAGUGUGAAUCUCUCGUCUCGGAGAUUAGUGUGCUGCGCCAGCUGCAGCAUCCGAAUAUAGUGCAGUAUUAUCAUCAUCUGGUGAACCGUGAGGCCAAGUCCAUUUACAUAGUGAUGGAGUGCUGUGAUGGCGGUGAUCUUGCCCAGCUCAUCCAACGUGCCCGGAGUCAAAGACAGCGCUUCGAGGAGCAGUACAUUUGGCGUGUGCUCUUCCAGCUGUGCCGGGCACUGCAGGUGUGCCACAACCAAAUACCUUCAGGCACAAUCCUCCAUAGGGACAUCAAGCCGGCGAACAUCUUUCUGGAUGCCCUGGGCAAUGUCAAGUUGGGUGACUUUGGUUUGGCGCGUGUGCUGCGACGGGAUCAGAGCUUUGCCGCCUCCUUUGUGGGCACGCCGCACUACAUGAGUCCGGAACUGGUCAAGGGACGGCAAUAUGACCGGAAGAGCGAUGUCUGGGCCGUCGGUUGUCUCAUCUACGAGCUGUGCGCACUGCGUCCGCCGUUCCGUGGUCGGGCAUUUGCUCAACUCUCGGAUAACAUUGCCCAUGGUCAGUUCAGCUGCAUUCCCGGCGUCUAUUCCACGGAUCUGCAGUCGAUCAUUGGCUUUAUGCUGGCCGUGGAUCAUGAGCAGCGACCUGGCAUCGAGGUCAUCACACGUCAUCCGCUGCUGGUGCGUAAUAUAAACCAGCUGGAUGGUGAGUUUCCGCGUCUUCUCGAUGCUGGGGAGGAUUUCCAGUUGCCCGGUCUGGGCAAACUGUUUCCCGAGUCUCCGGAAUUGUCCAGCACCAUGUUCACGGAACAGUAUAGCUUCAAUGAGGGUUACGGACAGCGACGUUUGAGUGUCACUGGUGUCUUUACGCCGGAUCUGCGCACGGAACUCUUCUACUCCGCCAAGCGACGCAUCUUUGCCAGCAAACAGCUGCAGCAAUCGGAUCCCUCUUUAUACGAGAGCAUACGUCGAGAGCACACUGUAGUACAACAACAGGAAGAGCAACAGGAACCGGAGAGUCCACGCCGUUUAACCCAGAAUAUCUUCAAUGAUGCACUGCAGCAGCGCUUGCAUGCGAUACGCGCACAGGAGUCGCUGCUGGAUCAACGUGCCUCCGAGUUGCUGGCGGCGGAGCAGCGUGUCCAGGCCAUGGAGCGGGAAUUGGCACUAAAACUGGAGCAGGCGGAGCAGGCGCAGAAGCAGUGCCAAUGUCGACAGCUGUCACUGGUGCCACAGGUGCCUCCGGUGUCACAGGUACCUCCGGUGCCAUUAGUGCCUCCGGUGCCAUUGGUGCCUCCGGUGCCACCACGGUCCAAGCCAGCGGCAACACGCCAUGAUGACACCUACUGCAGCAUCGAGUUGAACGAGACGUCGCCAACAGUGGCCAAACUGAAUCUGGCGCUGCUCACGGCUCCCAAGCAGCUGCACGCUCAUAGCUCCCAAACGCUGCGCAAGGUCACGUUCCAGUCGCCAGCCAAGUUUGGUCAGUCUACUGCUCCCGCUCCAGUUCCCGCUCCCGCUCAAGCUGCUCCUCUGCCCAUGCAAACCAGCGUCUCCAGCACCGAAUCCGCCGACAGUCAAGCCUCCAGCACUCGACGCAAGUCCAUUCUCUCACUCUUUGGACUCCGAAAAGCGUCAACAAAAUCCACAGUGACUGCGACUGCAACGUCUACUGCGACGCCGGCAGCUGCGCUUGUGCCCGCAUUGAAGCCGCCGACGCAGCGUCCGCCGCUGGCCGUGAAGCUGCCGGCGACGCAGCAAGUGACCAAUAUGUGGACUAAGGAGCAGAAACGUGCCGCCUUCGAUUUGUUGGCGGCCAUGAAUGCAGCUGAGAAGGACGCGGCCAGUGUUGUAAACGGACGCCGGCAGCAGAUGCGUCAAUCGGUGCGGGAGCGGAAUUCCAGCAUGCAGCGUAAUCGAAUGCGGCGUUCCUUGGUCCUGGCGGGUGGUGGCCAACAGAAGCCAGUGUUGGUAGCGUCGCGCGAACAAAUGUUAAUUUAAGUGCUAACUUAUUCAUAGGGAAGAGGGGCGCUCAAAGUGACCCGCCUUGUGAUGUGGACUCAGUUCCGAUAACUAUUUUUUUUAAACCAUUUUUUUUUUCUUGAAGCCAUUGUCUUGUUCCUAAUAUACAAAUAUAUUAUUUGUAAGCCACAUUUAUUUGUAAAAAAUAGCUUUGCGCCUUGUGCAAUUUACAUGUAUUAAAAUAGUGAUAAACAACAA